AUGAUCUCCGUCAAACGGGGCACCUGGAUUUUCCUCUUCGUACUUGGAGUACUUACAGCCAUCACGUGUCAAUUUACAAAUACCCUCACCUAUCUUCAUGUUAUCAGCCACGUGGCCAUUCUCACCGCAGCGCACUUUGCAUUGGCAUUUCCACCGGAGGAGCUGCUCGACGGAUUGGGUCUCACUUUGUAUGAUUUGUUUUCGAUUAUUUAUGAUCAGAGAAACUAUUCGUACAUCGAUUAUGCUGCAAAACGGGUGCUGUUUUUCCAUGUGUUCGUGGCAUCGUAUCCAGCAUUAAUCUCCGGUUACUUCGUUCAUGGACAACUCUUUACUACCGCAAUCAACACACGUCGCUUUCCAGAACUCUUCGACCACCCAUGGCUUUGGCUUCUAGUGUUUGUCACCUCUGUGAUAGGAUUGGUGACUUACUACUACAAAAUCAGGGAAUACACUCAAUGGUCAGCGUUCCAAUACUUCAUGGAUCAUCCGGAAACGUUGGACGGCGUGGAGACAGUGAUCAAUGAUCCUGAAACCUUUCGAAUCAGACUGUCACAACGCACGCACGUCUACGUGACCCGGAAUUUUUUCAUCUACUCAUCGAAUUGGAGGUUUGUAGCAGUCAGGAUUAUUGAUGUCAGGCUUCAGGUGGAUAAUACAAGAAUGCCUAUGAUUAUGAAUAUUCACGACGAGGAGGAACGGUUGCGGGCAAUGUUCAUCAAAGUCAACUUUAAUGUUCCGUACUUGGCACCAUUCACUAUGACACUACGCCAAGACUACUAUCAUCAACUGAACGAGAUUCUGGAAAUUCCGAUUUUUGUACCACCUCAUAUCACGGUCCCGAUGACGAUUAUGGAGGAACUGAAAGAGGAUUUCGUCCAUCGGAUUCGUAAUAACAGUCGACACACUCAUCGUGUGAAACGUAGCGAGCAAGAUCCGUGCUUUGCAUGUGGUAGCGAAGAGAACAUCAUCAAAAUUAGCAAGUCUUGUACAGGCGAAGAACAACGACUUCUGUUCCAUGACGUUGUACUGAAUCCAACUCCAAACUGUGAAAACUGCACCUGCCGUCCAUUGUGGUGCUGCGGAUGUAUUGCGCAAAUUUUCAUAACACGGCAGAAAAUUGAUAAUGUGAAUCGAUACGAGUAUCAUCGAGGGAGUGGAAAGUGUCCGACGUGCAGAAAGACAUUCUGCAUUCGAGACGUGCACUUUGUCGACUUUGACUACAUUGCAGAGGAAGAGGAAGCGUCGACUUAA